CUCCGAAUCGGCGAUCCCGUUUGUCAACAAAUGCGAGAAGUUGUGAGUGAAUCAUCGACGGCGAACUCCAUCCCUUCGGCUGCGCUCCACGCCCUCCCCUACCUCCCACUAUGUCUACUGACACGUUCAGCAAUCCAGACAUGCCUGGGUACGUAGGCUUCGCCAAUCUCCCCAACCAAAUUCACAGAAAGUCUGUAAAGCGCGGCUUCGAAUUUACGCUGAUGGUUGUUGGUGAGAGCGGCCUUGGCAAGUCAACGCUGAUCAACACCCUCUUCCUUACUGAUCUGUAUCCUGAUCGUGUUAUGCCCUCAGCUCAAGAAUGUAUUGAGAAGACUGUCAAGAUAGACGUGUCAACUGUGGAGAUUGAAGAGAGAGGUGUAAAGGUGCGACUGACAGUUGUUGAUACCCCAGGUUAUGGAGAUGCCAUUGACAACACUGACUGCUUCCAGUCCAUCAUCAGUUAUAUCAAUGACCAGUUUGAGCGCUACCUGCAGGAUGAGUCUGGCCUCAACCGUCGCCACAUUGUCGACAACAGAGUCCAUUGCUGCUUCUACUUCAUCAACCCUGCUGGCCAUGGGUUAAAGCCCUUGGACAUCCAGUUCAUGAAGCAACUCCACAACAAGGUCAAUAUUGUUCCCGUCAUUGCUAAAGCUGAUACCCUUACCAAGCAAGAGGUUGCUAAACUGAAGCGAAAGGUAUUGGACGAGAUAGAAGAGAACGGAAUCCACAUUUAUCCACUCCCAGACUGUGACACAGAUGAGGAGGAGGAUUAUAAGGAGCAG